AGAUUUGCCUUUUGACCAAAGGCCGUCGAACUGCCAGUGUACGAGCAGACACGUACUGUCGCCUAUAUUCCCUCUCGGUGGACAACUUCAACGAGGUUCUGGAAGAGUACCCCAUGAUGAGAAGGGCCUUUGAAACAGUGGCAAUUGAUAGACUUGACAGGAUAGGGAAGAAGAACUCAAUCCUCCUGCAGAAGUUCCAGAAGGACCUCAACACCGGGGUUUUCAACAACCAGGAGAAUGAGAUCUUGAAGCAGAUCGUGAAGCAUGACAGGGAGAUGGUACAGACCAUCGUCCCGGUGAGCUUGCAGCAGAUGCCCACCCUGAACUCCAGCACCUCUGCCUCGUCGUCACGCGUCAGGACGCAGUCCCCUCCCGUGUACACUGCCAGCAGCCUGUCCCACGGAAACCUGCACUCCCCCUCGCCCAGCACGCAGACGCCCCAGCAGGCUGUCAUCCUCUCUCCCUGCUCCUACACCACCGCUGUCUGCAGCCCGCCCGUACAGAGCCCUCUGGCUAGCCGAACUUUCCAGUAUGCCUCGCCCACCGCCUCACAGCUUUCUCUCAUGCAGCAGCAGCCGCAGGCACCCCAGCAGCCCCCCGGGGCUGCGCAGAAGAACGAGGUCCACAAGAGCACCCAGGCCCUCCACAAUACCAACCUGACCCGGGAGGUGCGGCCCCUCUCUGCCUCUCAGCCUUCCCUGCCCCAUGAGAUCUCCACCCUGAUUGCCAGGCCUCACCCCACCGUGGGGGAGUCCCUUGCCUCCCUUCCACAGCCCGCCCCAGGCCCCAGCGUGCCCCCGGCCAGCCGGGCCACCGUCCCCCAGCGGGUCUCACUCUUCCGACAGAUGUCCUCGGGAGCUAUCCCCCCGAACCGGGGGGCCGCACCACCUCCAGCCCAGCUGCAAAGGGAUUCUUCCGCAGUCUUAAGCACAGAGGCCGAGGGAGACAAACCACGAUUCGCGUCAAACUUAUGA